AUGACCUCCCAAGCUUCAUCAUCGCAUUAUCCCCUCCAUCUAACAAUCCGCUUCUCAACAUCUCAACCAGACCUCGAACUCGACAUCUCCUCCCCGCAAACAACCACCGUCCUCGCUCUAAAACACCUCCUCCGCACACGCCUAUCCUCUCGCAGUCGGUUACGUCUCAUCUACCAAGGUCGCCUCCUUCCUGAUGCCUCGGCGCUCAGCUCAGUCCUCAAAACGCCUCCCCCGCCACCGCGCAACCUCGACGAUCCAAAGGGCAAGGGGAAAGCUGUCGAGGGCGCGAAUGUGACCAGAGUCUAUGUGAACUGUUCCAUUGGUGAUGAGUUGACUAGCGAGGAGCUGGAAAAGGAAGAGGAGGAGGCGCUCAAGCCCCCUCAGGAUGUGAAUGGAGAUGACUCCAAACCUACAAAAUCGACAAGGCCGCGACCAAGAGGUUUUGAUCGAUUACUACAGUCCGGAAUUACACCUUCCGAAAUUGCGACGCUUAGAACACAGUUCAACUCUAUACACACAGCAGGCUUCACACCAGAUGCGAUGCCGUCGCCUGAUUCGUUGCGUAAUAUGGAAGAUGCCUGGAUAGACAACAACGCCGAUGGCCUCCCAUCUGGAUCCAAUCCUCUAGAAGACGAAAACGCAGGCAUGGCGUCGGUUAUGGAUGUUUUGAUAAAGGCCAUGAUCGUCGGCUUCUUCUUCCCCUUGGGGAGCUUGACGUGGUUAUUGCGCCAAGACGGAAUCUGGAGUAAGAGAUGGCAAAUCUUUGUCGGGUUCGGAGUCGUGUUGAGUCUUUGCAUUGGCUUUGUCAUGGAGCUAUCAGGAGACCGGCCCUAG